AUGCCAAAUUCCAUAGCAAGUUCAGCAAAGCAUUUGAUUGAAGAUGACACAGACGACGACACAAUCAACUCACCGCUCAAUGUUGAUCCAAAUCUCAGAUUGAGAACUGUGCGCUCAGCCUCUAGCUCUAUUCGUGAAGCACAUCGUCACGAUAAGCGCAGAGAGUCAAAGCGUAAGCGAUUAAGGGAGAAGGUCAAGAAGGCUGCGAACAAGCUAAAAGACAAAAAUGCCACUGUUCCUGACAAGUCACCAGUUGACGGCAACAGACGUAACGUAUAUGCCAACAUCCCCUUACCACCUUACGAGCUAAGCAAGACUGGCGAUCCAAUUGCAAAAUACCCCAGAAAUAAAGUCAGGACCGCCAAAUAUACGUUAAUUACAUUCAUACCAAAGAAUCUAUUGGAGCAAUUUAGGAGAGUUGCCAACAUAUAUUUCUUACUUCUGGUGAUAUUGCAGAUAUUCCCUAUUUUUGGCGCAACUACUCCACAGGUUGCAAUGCUUCCCCUUGUCGCUAUCUUGGUAAUAACAGGCAUAAAGGACGCUAUUGAGGACUAUCGACGAAAUGUCUUAGAUAGUCAGGUCAAUCAUUCAGUUACCACAAAGUUAAACAACUUUAAAAAUGUCAAUAUACCCGAAGAUGAUAGAUCGCUUUUCGAGAAGACAUUUAAUAUCGACAAAGGUACGAGCAGAGGUCAGCGUAAGUUGCACGAUAGCAACGCGGCGGGUUUGACGGAUAGUGUUCUGUAUAUGCAUGGAAACAAGGCAGAUACAAUGACCUCCCUUACACCAUCAAACAAUACUAUCGGUGUAGUGGAUUACGCAAACCAGACACCAGGUACAUCUAGGUGGGAACGGACGUUUUGGAAAAAGCUACAGGUUGGCGACUUUGUUCUUCUUCGAGAGAAUGAUCAGAUACCUGCUGAUGUAGUUCUGUUGUCAACUUCGGACCCUGAUGGCAUGGCUUUCGUAGAGACCAAGAAUCUCGACGGAGAAACCAACCUCAAGCCGAAGAAAUGUCUCAAAGCCACUUCAGGCCUCUGCUCGGAAGAAGACAUUGAGCACUCCCAAUUUUUGAUAGACAGUGAGCCUCCAAAUGCUAAUUUGUACUCAUACAACGGUGUCCUGCGCUACAAACCUCGCAAAACUCCCGAAAGCACAGUUACACAGGAGGCAGUCGAGCCGGCGACUGCAUCGGAGCUACUAUUAAGAGGAUGUUCGCUCAGGAAUACACGGUGGGCUAUCGGAUUUGUUGUUUUUACCGGUGGCGAUACCAAGAUAAUGCUCAAUGGUGGAGAAACUCCGUCGAAACGAUCAAAAAUUGAGAAGGAGACCAACUUCAACGUAGCUAUGAACUUUAUCAUCUUGAUUGCGAUGUGUGCCAUUGCGGCCAUUGCGAAUGGUAUGUAUUGGAAUAGUGAUGACACCAGUUCACGGCUAUAUGAACAAGAUGCUAUGAUGGAUUCAAAAGUAUCGAUCAACUCUCUCAUUACCUUUUGUGCUUGUCUUAUAGCAUUCCAAAAUAUUGUCCCUAUAUCUCUUUAUAUAUCUAUCGAAAUUGUCAAGACUAUUCAAGCAUUCUUUAUCUGGCAGGAUUUGGAUAUGUAUUAUCCAGAACUAGAUCAUCCAUGUGUCCCAAAAAGCUGGAACAUAUCUGACGAUCUUGGUCAAAUAGAGUACAUUUUCUCCGACAAGACAGGCACGCUAACACAAAACGUGAUGGAGUUCAAAAAGUGCUCUAUCGCAGGCAAGGAAUAUGGAGAAGGAAUAACGGAGGCUAUGCUUGGUGCGGCCAAGCGCGAAGGACGUGAACUUAACUUUAACAGUGAGCAACAUGGUUUUGAGAUUGCAGAGAUGAAAAAGGAAAUGAUGCAAAAAAUGGGAAAUGCAUUUACCAACAAAUACUUUCAAUCUGAGCACUUAACAUUGAUCUCACCAAAUCUAGUCAGUGAUCUGAUUGAGUCUGAUAGGAAGCAUUCAAUAUAUCAUUUCUUCAGAGCAUUAGCAAUUUGUCACGAUGUCAUUGCAUCUGUACCAGAUGACUCCCAACCAUUCAAACUCGAGUACAAAGCUCAGUCACCAGAUGAAGCGGCGUUGGUAGCUACAGCGCGCGAUAUGGGAUUCGCGUUUGUUAAUAGAUCGAAUACAUGGCUGGAACUGAAUGUAUGCGGGAAUGUCGAGCGGUACACUCCACUCAAAAUACUCGAAUUCAAUUCAUCGAGGAAGCGGAUGAGCGUUGUUGUGAGAACAACUGACGGACGGAACCUUCUCCUGUGUAAGGGUGCAGACUCGGUUAUUAGUGAGAGAUUGCGCGUAGAUCAUGAUAGGUAUUUGUUCAAUGAGACGAUGAGAGAUCUUGAAGAAUUUGCCAACUCGGGUCUGCGUACACUGCUCGUAGCACAACGUGAAGUGUCGCAGAAGGAGUAUCAUGAGUGGGAGGCGGUGUAUGAUAAAGCAGCAGCUUCGAUAACAGAUCGAGAAGAGGAGAUCGAGAAAAGCUGCGAUUUGAUUGAACGUGAUUUGGUAAUAGUAGGCGCUACAGCCCUGGAAGACAAGCUGCAGGAGGGUGUACCUGACUCCAUCCAGACACUGCACAAAGCAGGUAUUAAGUUGUGGAUUCUGACAGGCGAUAAAGUUCAGACAGCUAUCGAAAUAGGCUUUAGUUGCAAUUUGCUAGAUAAUGGAAUGGAAAUAAUGAUAUUAUCAGCUGAAAACACGCAUGACACGCUUCUACAGAUCGAAUCAAGUCUGAAUAAGCUACAGUCGACGGACAGUAAUGAUAGAUUCAUAGAUAAGAAGUAUGCUGUUGUGGUGGACGGGGAGACGUUGAAAUAUGCGCUCAAUGAAGAGAAUAAGAGCCAGUUCUUGAAUCUUGGUACACAAUGCGAGACAGUACUCUGCUGUCGAGUGUCACCAUCCCAGAAAGCUCAGACUGUGAGUCUUGUGAAGGAGGGCAAAAAGGCAAUGACGCUUUCGAUAGGUGAUGGUGCAAAUGAUGUUGCCAUGAUCCAGCAGGCGAACAUCGGUAUCGGGAUAGCAGGUUUAGAAGGUGCUCAAGCGUCCAUGUCAGCAGACUAUGCAAUUGGACAGUUUAGAUACCUCACGCACCUUCUCCUCGUUCAUGGCAGGUGGUCUUACAUUCGGAUAGCAGAGAUGCACGCGAAUUUCUUCUUCAAGAACAUAAUAUUUACGCUGAUCAUGUUUCUCUACCUGAUAUACUGCUCAUUCGACGCAACGUAUCUAUUCGAAUACACUUACAUCAUGUUUUACAACCUCCUCUUUACAUCGCUACCGGUGAUAAUAAUGGGGGCGUUCGAACAGGAUGUCAACGCAACCGCGUCACUCGCUUUUCCGCAACUCUACAAACGUGGCAUAGCUGGUCUAGAGUAUACGCGCACCAAGUUCUGGCUGUACAUGUUAGACGGCUGUUAUCAGGCUUGUGUAUGUUUCUUCGUAGCGUAUGGAGCAUAUAUUGGUGGAACGACGCAGAGCUACUCGGGUCGGGAUGCCAAUAGUCUUUGGGAAGUCGGGGUGACGAUAUGCUGUACAUGCGUUCUCUGCGCAAAUGGCUACGUCGGUCUGAACACCAAGUACUGGACAUGGAUGGUGUGGACUGUGAAUAUCGUAACUACCUUACUAGUAUUCAUAUGGACAGCGCUGUAUUCUGCAUUUGACGGACAAAAUUUUCACGGGGAGGUCAUUGACGUCUUCUCCUCAGCUACAUUUUGGUUCACAGUUGUAAUCACGCCAGUGAUUGCUCUCGCGCCGCGCUUUAUUAUCAAAUUGGCCCACAACACAUAUAUGCCAAUGGACAAGGAUAUAAUUCGCGAGCGGUGGAUUGUCGGUCAUCUCAAAGACGAACUGGGGGUGAAACAUAGAAGGGAAAUCGAGCAAGAGGAGCGCCAACACAAGCUGGUUGCUAUACCUGAAGAUGUAGAGAUGGGUGUCACGAAUGGACACGCCUCAAUAGCCAGUUUCGGACUGGGGCGUAGUGUGGAUGAUGAUGAUGACAGCUAUGUGAGGGAGGAGGAAAAUGGGAAGAAUCAACUGCAGCUACCGCCAUUGGCUGUGUGGCAGCCGAUGUCGCGGUCUGUGACGAGCUCACGAACGACACCAUACAACAUAGCUUCAGGGAGCGUGUCUGAAUUGGAAAUGAAUGAGUAUCCGCCGACGUCGCCUGUGCGGUAUAGUGGAAGGAAUCCGAUGAGUGAGAGUAGGGAGCCGUUGGUGUAA